AACUAUCCUACUCAAAGCCAAAACCACUCCUAGUAACACAGUCACCAGCAGCAACUGCCAACCAGCCAGAGCAGUUAACAGCAGAGACAAACUUUCAAUAUGUUUUAACCUGAAACUUGAAUCUUGGUAGAAGAGGGAUUUGAGCUAUAGGAAGUAGUAACUGGAGGCAUAUUAAGGGACAUCUCAUCAGUGAUCAAUAGACCCACGGCUUUAUAAACAGUGGAAAUUCUCGCAUCUGGAAAAGUCUUUCUAGCUACUCUCUUCAGUGCCAAAAUUGGAGUUCAUUACCUUUCAGUCAUAACUGAAGGAUGAUUGACACUGUUUUAUUGUACUGCAAGGAGAUUUCCAUGAUAUUUAACAAGUGUCUCCUCUAAAAGAUGACCUUAAGGAUAAGGACUGGGAUAAUCAUCCACUGAGGGACAAAGAACUAACUUAGACACUGUUUGUUCUGCAGAAUCUUUUUCUUUAUAAAAGCUUUGAGGAAAUAUAGUCUUUCAAUGCUUUGAAGCAUUAAAUAAUUACCAUAGCUAAUGUGAAAAAUUUACCAACCAAUGAAUCCACUGACUGUUGCAGAUCAGACAGUCUGGCCUGCUUUUUUCCUAAGCUGAGAAACCUGGAGGCUGAGAUGUACAAAGUUCAGAAAGACAGCUGGAUGGAGAACAACAGUUCAGCUCUCCGUCUGCUUUGACUGUAUCUCACUUGUGGGUAUCUCCAGGUUGACUUACCACACUGAACCACACUAGGACACAAACUUCUGCCAUAUCUAGGUAAAAAAGUGAAGAAAUGCCAGCACUCAUUGCUUGUGAAAUAUACUGAAAUGUCAAGCUUCCUAUUAUCCAAGGACCAAAAUAAAGGGCAGUAUCAGAUGUCCAGCUGGUGCUAAGCUGAAAACAUAAAUAAAUCAGAACCUUUUCUACUAUCUUGUUUCUUAUAUGACUGUGACAGUUCAAGAAAAUAUAUAGCAAGACUAGUCAUUAUCUGAAACUGAUUGCUUGAUAACCUUGAUAACUACCUUGAUAGUUUCUAGGAAAUUCAGUGCAUAUCUGCUUAAAACCUUGUAUCAGUAAUUUUGAAAGGUAUUUUGUAACCUAUUGCAAAAUAAAUAAGGCUCACGAUAACCCUGAGCAUAUUUUUACUGGGUGGGAACCAGACCCAGCAGUCACAUGUUUUCUACAUGCAGUGUGCCAACAUAUGCUUGGUACUAACAACGAAUGCUCAAAGAAAGGAGUGUGGGUCAGAGCUUUCUAAUCAACAUGUCAAAAUAUUAAACUCCUAUAAACAUCUGGAAUUUCAGAGCUGGAUACCCACAGAAGGACACACCACUGAACAAAAUGUCAGCUUUCAGCAUACGAAAACAGUCUCCUAAUCAAAAUAAUAAGAGCCCUUCUGUUGCAAUUAAAAGCAGACAAGUUAUUCAUGAUGUUAACAAGCGACGGACCCUUUUGCAAGAUAACAGCUGGAUAAAGAAGAGACCUGAAGAGGAAAGUGCUGAUGAAAACUAUGGAAGGGCAGUACUUAACCAGUACAAAUCCCAAGAUGGCCUACACAGCAGUAGCACAAAUGAAAAGGAAGAUCAAAAAGCUGUACUUGGACGAUACAGGUCUGAUACUACCUUGGACAGAAUUCCAGGCAGAAGUGAUAUUGAUAACAUAAAUAAGUCUCCCACUCUGAAUAAUAAACAAAACAACAGACAAUCUUGGACUCCUAAUGCAUCAUCCACAAACACUGCUGCCACUUCUCCAAUCAAGAAAAAAAGACAAUCUUGGAUGCCUCCCCCAGUUUCAAGUAGUAAGACCACAACAGAAACAGCGGAAACCAAACUGACCACUUCUUCAGAAAAUUCAAAGGCUCCAACAAGUGCUGCUUUUUCAUCAGAACAAGUGACCCCUCAAGAAUCAAAGACUGAUGUGGAAGAUAAAGCUACAGCAAGGAAACAAGAUCUUGAUGACCUCAUCAAAGUGAAUCCAAGGUCUUUCACAAGUGACAAAGAAGGAAAGGACCUUGAGGAUUUUACUGAAAUAAAUGCUGCUUCUCAGAAAAAUAGGAGGGAUGAGGACCUUGGUGAUCACACUGUAGUAAAGUCCGCUGAUGACCAAAGCAAAAAGGGGAUAACUAAGAAAGCAUAUGAAAAUUGUCCAAGAGCUCCAAAUAAUCUCCCAGAAAAAAGCUACCCCAGCAACAGUGAAAGAAAUAUCAGCAAAUCAUCACAUCGUGUCUAUGAAGAAAAUAUAACUGGAAAUACUAUCAAAACUGUUUACUCUACUUCUGAUCGGAGUAUAAUUGGAAAAGAUAUAUGUACAUACUGCAGGAAGCCCUUGGGCAUAGAUGCCAAAAUGAUCUUAGAUGCCUUGCAAAUUUGCUGUCAUUCGACUUGCUUCAAGUGUGAAGUAUGCAAAAGACCACUGGAAGAUUUGAAAGCAGGAGACAGCAUUUGGAUUUACAGACAAACUGUGCAUUGUGAGCCUUGCUAUUCCAAAGUUAAAGAAAAAUGGAUCUACUAAUUUUAACAUAAAGAAAACAAGACAAAGAAGUUCCACUACUGUUUAGUUAAGUGUAUUGGCCUGCUACUUCAAACCACUGUGGAAAAUUAUCAAUUUUAAUUUCUAGAAAUAAGUACUCUAAAUGCAGUCCUACUGCAUUGUUCCCAAAAGAAUUAAUUCCAGGAGAAUUUAGAUGCUUUUUCAUACACACGUUCCUGAAAAUGAAAAAAGAUAGCGUUCAGUAUAUUCAUCAGAUCUGUGAAAUUGCUAAACUGUAUGGAAAACUAAUGAUAAUUUAUUGAAAAGUUUUGAACUGCAGAACCUACACACCCAUUCUGAAGGAUGUUGUAUUCUCUACUGAAGAAAUAAGGAACUGUUAUCUUUAUGUAGUAUGAAUGGGAUUAAUCUCCUCUAAGAUUAGCCAUCUGAAAAUCAACUAUUCAUUUUAAGCUACCGGUUUCAUAUUGAGUGAGGUGGGUUUUUCUCCAUCCUUUGAGGACAGAUAUCAAUCUCCAGAGUAAGAUUCUUCCCAAGUAACCUAGAUGAUAAUUUUAAGAUUAUUGAUUUUCCAAAUAAUCUUUGGAAAAUAGAUCUCUCUUUAUAAACUGCAGAGGGAUGCUAGACAAAAAUUAUUAGGAGGGUUAAAUUAGUAGUAUCAAACUCCAUGUUUUUAAGCUUGGUAACUAUUGUAUUGCACUUUUUUUUCUUUUUUAUGUGCACACUAAUAGUUGCCAUGAAAUUAAGGAAUGCAUGCUUAGUGUGACAUUAUGUUGUAUUUAUCUUUUCUACUAUUUUAAGCUGCCUAUCUGAACACCUGGGACGGAUUAAUCUCUCCUAAAUUUAAACCCCUACAGUGUGGACAUCUACAUUUAAGUUACUUAAUCUAUUCUGUCUUUAUAGUCAUUAGAGAGAAGUAGAUAUUUUUAGGAAGUGAUUCAGUUGGUCAGAUUGCAAACACCUAUUUUGUGAUGAGGUUACCCAUACUCUGAACAUAUGUUUUACAUUCCAUUAUUUCCAAAGGAACCUGGAGAGAAUAGUUCAAAUUUUAGACAUCUCCAUGAGGCCAGAUGACCUGCUUCUCUUGAGCCUACAGUGAAAACAUCUUUUUUUUUUUUUCUUUUUUUUUUUUUUUACAAUGUAUAUCUGUUGAGGUAUAGAAACUGAAAGAAGAGUUCGUUCUUUUUUAUAAUAUGCUUCUGCAACACUAAUUUGUUAUCUGCAUUAUUUGCCUAAAAUAGUAAUUAUUUCAGUGGUUUACUGGAGAAACAAAGGUGUUGACUACUAGUCUCCACCUUGAGAAGAUUUAGAUCAUGGUUAUUCAAAAAUGCUUUUCCUUCCUUACCUCUCAGAUGAAAAGGAUUUCUUAGACAUGAACAUGGUAGCAUUAGAGUGGUUUUGGAGGCUGCUGAACCUCAGCAGAGCUUAGAAAGUCAAAAAGUGACAAAGCCAUAGAUUAACGCUAGUGUUGAAAAAUCAUUGCAGCCAAACUUCCUCUCUUCACCUUUACCUACACUACUGGAGACAGGAGCUAUGGAUUUAUGUGUAAUUUAAACCAUUGGACCCUCAGCUGAAUAAUGAUACAAUCUGUCUUGCCUGGCUUAAAGCACGUUUGUACUGUUAUAUGAAAAAGAGACAUGAAACAGUAGAUAAUUUGUUUUGUUAUUUUUAUGAAAAAUUCUUAUGAAUUAAUGGCAGUACCUCCAUUAAAUCUGUUAUUAUCAA